AUGAAGAAAGGAACUGUAGGGGAACACUGGAUUGCUUGUUAUUCAGAUAGAAAAAACACAUUGGAAUACUUUGACUCGCUCGGAGACCCCCCUAACUGUGAUAUGCGUCAAUCUAUGCUAAAUCGCUUUAAAAUAGUUAAACAAAGCCGUUAUUCUAUUCAAUCUCCAUUAUCUGAUACAUGUGGGCAUUAUUGCAUCUGUUUCCUUGUAAACCGUUCAAAACAAAAAAGUAGUUUUUCUUCCACACUUAGGAAACUGCACUCAAUACCUUCAGAAAGUCGUGAUGCAGUUAUAAAGAGAUUCGUCCAAAGAUUAGCCAUGGUCCCUAGUAUAUAAGAAUACUACUAUUAGUAAUAAUAUAAGCAAAAAUGAUUUUUACUCUAUAUCUAAUUUCCUUAAUCGGUCUCACCUGGGCUUUUAAACAAAAUGAUAGUAAUAUACUUUAUCCGAUUCAUGGCCCAUACCCUC